UCAGAAAUGGGGCCCAGUCCAGUCCCCCACCAACCCUCAGCCCUAUAUUAGAGUCCCAGCUCUGGGCCUCUUUCUUAUCAUCUCAAAACGCACCAUGCUCCGGCUGCUGAGUUCCCUCCUCUUGGUGGCCCUCGCCUCGGGCUGUGGCCGACCUUCUUACCACCCUUCCACCCGGGUGGUCAAUGGCGAGGAUGCGGUCCCCUACAGCUGGCCCUGGCAGAUCUCCCUGCAGUAUGAGAAGAACGGAGCCUUUCACCACACCUGUGGUGGCACCCUCAUUGCCCCCGAGUGGGUCAUGACUGCGGGCCACUGCAUCUCGAGCUCCCUGACCUACCAGGUGGUGCUGGGAGAGUAUGACCGGGCUGAGAAUGAGGGCCCCGAGCAGGUGAUCCCCAUUAACUCUGAGGAUCUCUUCGUGCACCCACUCUGGAACCCCAACUGCGUGGCCUGUGGCAAUGACAUCGCCCUCAUCAAGCUGUCACGCCCCGCCAAGCUGGGAGACUCAGUCCAGCUCGCCUGCCUCCCUCCUGCCGGUGAAGUCCUGCCCGACGAGGCACCCUGCUACAUCAGCGGCUGGGGCCGACUCUACACUGGUGGGCCACUCCCUGACAAGCUGCAGCAGGCCCUGCUGCCCGUGGUGGACCAUCAGCGCUGCUCCAAGUGGGACUGGUGGGGCAGCGCCCUGAAGGAGACCAUGGUGUGCGCCGGCGGGGACAUCCGCUCCGGGUGCAACGGUGACUCUGGAGGACCCCUCAACUGCCCCGCCGCCGAUGGCUCCUGGCAGGUCCACGGUGUGACCAGCUUCGUUUCUGCCUUCGGCUGCAACACCCGCAAGAAGCCCACUGUGUUCACGCGUGUCUCAGCCUUUAACGACUGGAUCCAGGAGACCAUGGCCAGCAACUAGAACCAAGGCCUGGGUGGCAGGACGGAUCCACACUCUUCCCCCAAAAAAUAUUAAAGAUCUCUCAGAAAA